AUGACUCAACCACUCAAUCGCUGUGGAGCAACUGAACUGCGGCAAAGGAGAGACAAGAAAGAAAAUUGGCGCAAAAACAAUGAAAGAGGAGAAGCAAAGAAGACAAAAAUAAAAUUGUUGGAGGAUCGACCGAGACAACUGCAAAGCAUUUGGGGGAAUAAAUUCAAACAAUUUCCUAAUAAAACAUGUGUUAUGUGCAGUUACGAGGUGAAAACCGUCUUAACUGAUAAUAUUAUGCACGUGUGUGGAAGUUUUAAGUCUUCUGUGGAUUUUCAUUCGAAUGUCUAA